CACAGUACCAGCGCAGCAGCGGGCAUUUCAAAGCUAAAGGAAGGGCGAGCAGGUUGUCAAAAAUGGAUCAAAAUAACGAGAUGGAGGAGAAUUCAGCCAAAAGUGACGGUGCUUUCUCCGCCUGUGCUUGUUCGAGUAUAAUGGAGAAGCAGAAAAGGGUUUUGUGUGAUCUGAAAGACAAGGCUAACAUUCUGCCUAAGAAAGUCAAGACAGAAGAUGCCUCACUGGAUACUGAACACCUGCAUGAUUUCAAGGUUGAGUGCCAGCAAGUUGUGGAUGAAUUCAAGAAGCUGAAGUUUGCCUUUGUCCAUCUUCAGGGGCACAUCAAGCUGCUGGACUACUUGGCGAAUGUUCCCAAGGACCAGUGGCCCUCAGUAGCAUCUUGUGAUGAAGAAUCUAAGAAGAUUCGUCGACAGCUCAAAGACGCCAAGGGAGAGGCUAGUGAUCUUGAAGAACAUCUUCAGAACAUGAUGAAGUCAGUGCAGAACUGUCAAGAAAUGCUGGACACAAAACUGGCGUCAAUCACGAAGAUGAUGGAGAAAGUCGAAGGUGUAGCUACUCAGGUCAAGGAGAACACGAAAGGGAGGGGCGGGGCAGUAGAGGAACUAGAAGGCGGUGGGGUGACGCUGGAAAACUUCCAAGAUGAGAAUGCCAAACAGAUUUUUGACUUAAAGGCGGCAGAAGAGUUCUUGGCCCGCUAUCAACCCGCGAUGAAACGCCUCAAAGAGAGCACAGAAGCAAUCCGCAAGAACCAACAGUCGGCGUUGGAUGAAAAUAAGACAGUUAUGGAGAUGGUGUCACAACUUAUGGCCAAGAAACUAGACAGGGAACAGCAAGCUUCCGACAAGAUGAAGUGGUGCGAAUCUGCCUCCAAAAUGUUGGCACAGCUGACCGGGGUAUCAGAGCGAUCUCUGGACGAUAACUGCUGGAUCCUGGAGCUCACUGCAGAUGGAUGUUCCUCAGUCAACAAGGAAAGUCUGACGGCCGUACUGACCCUUCACUUCAAGCCAGGCCCGGACCCUUGGUCACCCAGGCAGAUCAGUGCCGCUUCGAUUGAUGUUGAUUCCCUGGACAUGUCGGACCUCGUUGAAGAAGCAGUGAGAAAGAACGACGUUCCCUUCUUGGUAUCAUCAGUGAUGACCAGACUGAGAACCCACGCACCCCUCUACAUGGAAGUGGAACAGCUCCGACAUCAAUAUGCCAUCGACUGGGUCCCAGAAGAGGGCAUACUGAGGGUCAUAUUUGGGGACAGCGCCCAGAUUGUUUGCACCCUGUCCUUAUCAACCGGACCCCUGGGUACGACCGUUGUCCAGCUGAAAUCUCUUGAGGGGGUCAGGCAACACCCGCCGCUUGACGAAUUGAAGCCACCACAUGAAAAACCCAGGAUCUCAGAUUGGCUGGAGUACUUACAAGAAGCCACAAAAAGCUUGUAGCGAUGAAGGAACUGAAACAGGAGUUUACGGAACUGCGGCUCUUUCUCCAGCUGCCUCUUCAAGAGGUUUCAGGCCCUUGAUUUAAGGGACUCUGCCUGAAGGGACUCUGCCUGUGCAUACAGUGUGUUUGGCGCAACCCAACUGCACUUUUUGGGAGGGGGGGGGGCUCUGUUACUUCAAUGUAUUUAUAUCCAUAUUUGUAAAUAUAAACAGUAAGCAACAUGCAAAAACAGUUUAGUCUUUGUGUUAACUUAAGAAUACAUGCAUGUAUGUAAAUGAAUACAUGCUAUUAUGGGAAACAAAAUUGUAAAUUGAAAUUUAAUAUUUUGUUGAUUUUUUUUGUCAAAUUAAUUUACUGUACCCCAGCAAGUUGGAAAUUCUUUCUGCUUGGCUUAAUAUAUUUAUAUCAAAUUUUCUUUGAAAAAAGUUUUGUGUAAAAGUUUUUUUUCUAAUAAAAGAAAAUUAAAAAUGUCUCCAAAUUUGAGAGUUGUGUCGUUUUUCAAUGAAUUAAUUUUUUUAUUAUGCAACUCAAUGUUAGAAAUAAUUUCUAUAUUUUAACAUCUUUUCUUUUUUUUCUGCCAAAAGUAGAUAAUGAAUUUCAAGCAGAUAUUUUAACAUCUUUUCUUUUUUUCUGCCAAAAGUAGAUAAU